CCUACGGGUGGGGAGGGACCGAGGCUGCUGCGCCGGAUGCUACGGCGCCCGCUGGCCGGGCUGGCGGCGGCCGCCCUGGGUCGCGCACCACCGGAAGGCAUGUCGGGCCCCAGGCCUGUGGUGUUGAGUGGGCCAUCGGGGGCUGGGAAGAGCACCCUGCUGAAGAGGCUAUUCCAAGAGCAUGGCAGCAUCUUCGGCUUCAGUGUGUCCCAUACAACAAGGGAUCCUCGGCCUGGUGAGGAGAACGGCAAAGAUUACUACUUUGUGACCAGGGAGGUGAUGCAGCGUGACAUCGCGGCUGGGGAUUUCAUCGAGCAUGCUGAGUUCUCAGGGAACUUAUACGGGACAAGCAAGGCUGCCGUGCGGGCUGUACAGGCCAUGAACCGCAUCUGUGUGCUGGACGUGGACCUGCAGGGUGUGCGUAACAUUAAGAAGACUGACCUGCACCCCAUCUACAUCUCUGUGCAGCCCCCCUCACUGGAUGUGCUGGAGCAGAGACUUCGACAGCGCAACACUGAGACAGAGGAGAGUCUGGGGAAGCGGCUGGCUGCAGCAAGGGCUGAUAUGGAAAGCAGCAAGGAGCCUGGUCUAUUUGACCUGGUGAUCAUCAACGACAACCUGGACAAGGCCUAUGCAACUUUGAAGCAGGCACUCUCUGAGGAAAUCAAGAAAGCUCAGGGGACUGGUCGUGCCUGAGCACCUGGUUCACUCCUCAGAUGUUCUUCUGUGCCCCAGGUCUGCCUGGGCUCUACAAGAAGCCUGCUUAGGGUGCUGAGGAUGCUCACAGGACCUGGAAUAGGUUUCCAUUGAGGAGUAGACAGAGCUGCCCAUCGGCUGGCCACAUGGUGGUUCUGCACCCUCAUUUGGCACCUAGGGUAGAGGAUGCUGCCCACUUCCUCACUCAUCAUGGUUGGAGGACCCCAGGUGCCACUCAUUUAACCUCCCUGGGGCUGUCCCUUGCCCCAUCCCUGUUCCUCCUGCUGGAGCAGGACUGACAUCUGAAUAAAGUAACUAUUGGGUUAGAGUGCCAGAGCCCUCAGGUUGGGGGGCUCAGUCCUAAGCAGGGCUGGGGCUUCAGCUCUCUGCACUGGCCCCUACCUGGUGAAGGGCUGCCAAAGGGCACUGUGUAUGUUUCUGCUGAAACUGUCCUUCCACCCAGGGUCUGCCAGUCAUCAGCAUGCUGCCCAGGGCUGCUCCAGUCUGCUGGGAAGACCAGCAUGGGCUGCCCUGAGCCCAGCCCUGAGAACCCUCAAAAGCUGGGGGCCUCUCAGAGGGCCAGAUGACAUUGAUCAGGAAGGAGGGCAUAUGGCCACAGCAGGGUGCAGUGUGUGGGGAACUGAGCUUGCAGGGGCUCGUCCUGGGGCCUGUGGGAGCCACGUGCUUUUAUGUUUAUGCACAGACUGCCAAGUCUCAAGGCUCCAGGCAGUUCUGGCAAGUCCUGUCUGGGGCUGGUGUAGGAGCAGAUGCUGUGGGCAUCUGUAGAGGUCCCAGAGCCCUGAGUCUGGAGACCAGGAGGGUUCAGGGUUUCUGAGAAGGAUACCUUUUUUUGGAGGAGGCAGUACUAGGGGUUGAACUCAGAUUUGCUAGGUAGGUACUCUACUGCUUGAGCCACUCCACCAGCCCAAGAGAUGUCUCUUAAGUGAAGGGCAGUUGUGCCUCUCCUACCCCAGAUGAGAGGUGUCCUGUGUGUCUGGCUCCCUGCCCUUCUUCCUCCGUACACUUUGCCCAGGAGAACAGCCAUAGCACUGUCUGGUGUGUACCCAGGUGAGGCUGCUCCCGAGGCAGGACAUGGGCGUGAAGAAGGCAAAGAGCCUAGGUAAAAGUAGUCGGGGAGAUCAGGGAGUCCUGGGCUGCUUCCAAAAGCCCAGAUGUGAGUCAAGCAGGGAAGGCCAAAACUGGCUAGGACCUUGAGGUAGAAGCAGGGGAGGAGACGGUCAAGACCUGCCUGGGGGUCCAGGCAUCCCAGUGAGGCCUGUCCAGCUCCUUGCUGCCCCAUCCCCAGAGACAAUCAGGGAUUCAGACCCUGGGAAGGGGGGAACAAUGGAGCCCUUGAAGGCCCCUCCUCCACCCCUCAUUGUGCUUGGUGGCGAGAGGUGGCCCUGGCUCAACAGUGUGCGCUCGGGGAGGAUCAGUGUCCAGUGGCAGGUGGAAGGGCUCAGCCAGAGGCUUGCGUUUCCCAGCCUGGAGAAGGUAGGGCACUUUCUAGAACCCCCAGACUCAUCCAGGGGCAAGCUAUGUGUGGCUAGUGUGAUUGACAGUCAUUUAAGGUUAAGCAACUUUGCCACCUUGUGCAUCCCCACUAGCCUUUCGUGCCCUGUAGUUGGGAGGGGGGUCACAAGAGGGGACCCUAGUGGGGAGACUGAUUGCUCACUGUGGAACUCCCAAUCUGGCCUUGUCCCUAUGCAUCAAGGUGCUCUCUGUGUGUGUCCUGCUCAGGCCUAAGUGACCUCAUGGGCAGAGGCUGACCUCUGUGUCUUCUGGGCAACUAGACCUGGUGUGUGUUGGGGGGCUCUAUGUGUGUGUGUCCUGCUCAGGCUUAAGUGACCUCUGUGUCUUCUGGGCAGCUACACCUGGGAGAGGGGUGGCAUAUAGCUCAGGGCCUGGCUGGUGAGCUAGGGGUGCAUUUGAUAUAUUCCCUAGCAGUUGAGGCCCCUCGGUAGGAGGAGCCAGUUUACCCCAGCUAGUUGCCAUGUGUCCAGAGGCUGCGACAGGAGCAUUCCUGGGCGCUGGGCCCAGACUACUCUCAACUUGACUCUAAGCAAACCUCUCCCUUGCUGCCCGUCUACCUGCUACUAAUGUGGUGGCUCAGGCCCUGGAGCUGGUCCCAUGGCCGCCAUGCUGCAGGAGGUCAUCAUAACGAGUGCUUCUUGCCUUCCUGCACCAUCCAGGGACUUUGCAGGUAGCAAGGAUGGGUGGCCAGAGGCAGAGGACCCAUCCAGAAGGAUCUGCUGCCUGCCAGCAACUUUGUUGCAUCCAGAGCUGUUGCACAGGGGAGGCCCAAGCUGGGUGAUACGCUCUGUGUGAAGGUGGACAGGAUAUCCUGACUUAGCUGUGGGAGGGGCAGGUGGGCCUAGUAGGACUGGGAUUUAGGAACAGAUAGGGUGAGUGUGUACCCCUUGUGGGGAACUGGGGACAGAACCUCCCUGGGCAGCUCCAGUGGAUGGUACCCCUCAACCAUACCUAGGCCAGUGGCUCCAUUUCUGCCAGUGCAACUUGGCUAUAGGCUACCUUAGUGGGCCCAGAGGCCUGCCUGUAGUUGUUGACACUGCAGCUCCCAGCCUGUCAUUCCCUCCCCAGCCUGCUUAGGUUUAUCCCCUUCAUCCUCUGUUUCCAAGGGAACAGCCCUUACUUCCUGUGAUCUGGUUCAGGUGGGAAGGGCAGCAGGUGGGACCCUACAGCCCAUCUCAGGAGGGAGGAGGCAUGGUCUCCACAGGGUACCCAGGAGCAAGGGCCACCAGGUUGAGUGCCAGGUCUCCGUAGUGUCAGGGCCACAAAAGGCAACUCUUAAGGGACAUCUGGACAUCUUAGGUCCAUACGUUCCACCUGAGUACCUGGGCUAUGUCCUCCAAAGCUAGUGUCCACUGACAUUUGUAAGCAUAAGCCACCAUCAUGCCACCUGCAUUGAGGUUCCUGAGGCUGCAGUCAGUUUAGGGGAGUUGAGUGAGGAGAGUGAUGACAGGAAAGGACAGGCCCUCCUAGGCCUGGAGAGAUUUCGUGAGGUAGGCAGUGACUGGCUGAGUCCAUGUGUGAACAUGCAGUUGUGUGUGUCUGAGUAAACCUCUUAAGUGCAUCCACAAGGGUGAGAUGACUGUGUUAUUGUGUGCCCAGGUGUGAUAUUCCAGCAGUGGAUGAGGCCAGCUGUGAGAUGGGCAUGACUGGAUCAAAAAACCUCAGGACCCGUCAGGACUAACCUUUGCCCUGAGAGUCUGGAUUUCCCUGGGAUCCCACUAGAGGAGUAUGUGGACAGCACCUUCUGCUACCAGCAGAAGGGGAGGAGGAAAAAGGGGGAAGAGGAGGGGGGUGGAGGCUAGAUC